AUGCCAUUGUCCGCUAACGAACAAAAGUCGGUACUCCAAAGCUGUAUUAAUACCAUCAAGAGUCAGUCAAAUUUAAUGAAACAUGAUCUCAACGAUAACAAAUUAUUGCCAGCACUAAAACACUGUUCUAAUUUUCUUAGUGAAUUAAGAACCAAUUCUUUAACACCCAAGCAGUAUUAUGAAAUUUACAUGUUAGUAUUUGAUUCAUUGGAAACUUUGUCAACUUAUUUGUUGAAUACUCAUACUGCAAGACAAAAAGCCAAAAAGAAUAACAAAGAGAAUAGUGGAUCAGCGUUCCUAGCUGACCUUUACGAAAUUGUCCAAUAUUCAGGUAAUAUUAUUCCUCGAUUAUACAUGAUGAUUGUUAUUGGAACUACUUAUAUGUCCAUUGAAGGGGCACCGACUAAAGAUUUAAUGAAAGAUAUGAUUGAAAUGUGCCACGGUGUGCAACAUCCAAUUAGAGGAUUAUUUUUGAGAUAUUAUUUGUCUCAACGUACAAAGAAUUUGUUACCAUUUGGAAACCAGGCUGAUUUUCAAGAGACUGUGGAUUUUUUGAUUGCAAAUUUCAUUGAGAUGAAUAAACUUUGGGUUAGAUUACAACACCAGGGCCAUUCGUCAGAAAGAGAAUUGAGGUACCGUGAACGAAAAGAAUUGAAAAUUCUUGUUGGAUCGAACUUGGUUAGAUUAUCCCAAAUAAUUGAUGACUACACCGGAGAUGAAUCCUAUUCGGCGGUUGAAUAUUACAAAGAGAAAAUUUUCCCAACUGUUACGGAACAAAUUAUUCAAUGUCGUGAUCAUUUAGCACAAAGUUACUUGAUUGAUGUUUUGAUCCAAGUUUUCCCCGAUGAUUUCCAUUUUGCAACAUUGGACAAGUUGCUUAAUGAAGUAUUUGUGAACCUUCAUCCUAUGUUACAGAAGAGCGAAUUAGUACAAGCACUAAUUGAUAGAUUCAUAGCGUACGAGAAAUUUGCUAGUGAUAUUUCCGAUUUGAGUGUUGAAGAGAGACCGGUGUUACAUAAUGUGAAUAUUGAUGAUUUAUUCCAAUCAUUUUGGCAGUUCUAUUCUAACUUGUCCGAACUGGAUCCAGAUUUACCACCAGAAGAACAUUCACUGUUAUUACAAUCAUUGAUUAGUCUUUUGUUAACUUUCGAUCCGGAAAAUUUCUCCAAUUUAGAUGUGAUUUAUAAAUUUGCAGAAGAAAAUUUAGGUGGCCAAGAUGAAGGUGAUGACCAAGAAGAAAUGUGGUCCAACUUAUUGAUAGAACCAGUAUCACAUUUUAAAUCCAUUAAGAGUUUGUUACGUUUAGAGAACUUUUACGAUUUUUACAAGAAAUUAACCAAUAUAAAUUUACAAAAACAAAUAUCCUUAGCAAUUAUAGACAAAAUCUUAUCACUUGCAAGUGAAAAUCAAAAAGAUAUAUUGAUGGACGUGGAAGAAAUAGAUGGAAUAUUUAGAUACCUAAUGGUUUUGAUUAAAGAAUCGCCAAGUAAGUUAGAUACAGCUAAGAAUUUGGGAGUCACCAAGACAAUUAAAGUUAAUAAUGGUGAACUAUUGGUAACACCUGAAUUUCUUGAAGUGCAAGAAAAAAUUUGUAAAGUUUUUCAAUUAGUGGAAAACCCUGAAGAUCCAGUGAAGACUAUUGCCAAUUUGAUGUAUAUUCGAAAGACUUACUUGAACAAAAAUCUUGAGAAUAUUAUUUAUACAUAUCCUAGUUUGAUAUCGAGAAUCUUGUUCAAGUUGAAAAUUAUUGGAUACGUUAAUUUGCAACAGAAAAAAAAUGACGAAGCUUCCGAAUUACAGUCUACUUCGAAUUUCAAAAACUUGUCAGUUAUCAUUAAUGAAUUAUACCAAUAUCACCAAGAGUAUUCAUCAGAUUUGAUUCUCACGCUCUAUUUAAAUGCCGCUAUAGUUACCGACCAAUUACAGUUAGAAUCUUUGUGCUAUGAGUUGUUCACUCAAUGUUUCGUCAUUUAUGAAGAGAAUCUUAUUUUGUCAACACAUCAAAACCGAAACUCUGCCAGUGUGAAUCCUAGAGAUUCACUCUCGGGAGGGUCAUUGGCAUUUGAAUCUAUUUUGGCUAUAGCUAAUUCAUUAGCGAAAACAAGAAAUUUAUCAAAAGACAAUUAUGAAAGUUUGAUAACCAAAUUGACUUUAUAUGCCAGUCGAUUGCUGAAGAAGAAUGAAGUAACAAGAGCAAUACUUGCAUGUGCCCAUUUAUGGAACCAAGAAAGAAAAGGUGAAGAGAAUGAUGGUAAGAGAGUAUUGGAAUGCCUUCAGAAAUGCUUGCGUGUUGCUGAUGGUUGCUUAGAUCCAUUUUUGUCAGUGAAAUUGUUUAUUGAGAUCCUUAACCAAAGUAUCAUCUUGAAUGUUGACAGUUGGUUUACCAAUGGGGUUAUUGAAUUGACGAAAACUAAUAUUGAAAAUUUAGAGGAUAACCAGGAGUUGGAUAUUUUGUUCAAGAGAGUUUUGGCGUACAUGGAAAACCCAAAUUGA